CAAUUAUUUGUUUCGUCGUUGGACUCUGCGGAACAUAGUGGCUGUGUUGUGGAAAUUCUGUCCUGUCAGGCUCCCAGACUGACUAAGGAGAGAUCGCUCCUGGGAAGCGAAUGAGGAAACAAGUCAUUCUACUCUUCACGUACAGGGGACUUGUUAGAAAAGGAAAAAAAAGCAAAAGACGAAAAUGGCCAGUUUUAUUAUACGGUCAGCAAUUCCCGGGGACUGUAAAGACAUAUUGCGACUCAUAAAGGAACUGGCAAAAUAUGAAGAAAUGGAGAACCAAGUUGUGCUUACUGAGAAAGAUCUGCUUGAAGAUGGCUUUGGAGAACAUCAAUUUUACCACUGUCUUGUUGCAGAAGUACCAAAGGAGAACCAGACUGUUGAUGGUUACACUGUUGUUGGGUUUGCCAUGUACUAUUUCACGUAUGACCCAUGGAUAGGAAAACUGCUUUAUCUUGAAGACUUCUUUGUGAUGAAUGAGUUCAGAGGGUAUGGUAUGGGAUCAGAGAUAUUUAAGAAGCUAAGCCAGAUUGCAGUAAAGUGUCGUUGCAGCAGCAUGCACUUCCUGGUUGCUGAAUGGAACGAGCCAUCAAUAAAGUUUUACAAGAGACGUGGAGCAUCUGACCUUUCAACUGAAGAAGGAUGGCGCCUCUUCAAAAUAGACAAAGAGUACUUGUGCAAAAUGGCAUCUGAAGAGUGAGAGGGAACUUCAAGAAGCAGCACAAAAUGAUUCAUUUUUUUUUUUUAAUAAAAUUUUUUUUGCGUAUGAUUCUGUAGUGUAUUUGCAUGGUGACUAAUUCAAAGCUUUACCAGUGGCAUUGUAGCAUAAUAUAUUGUCACCAGUUGUGUCUUGGUACCUUUGACAAGUCGUUCAAUCUCAAGACCUCCUUCAAACCUAAGAUAGUCAGUUGCGUUUGUGUGUGUGUAUAUAGAACUUCAUUCUUGUAAGUCAUUUGAUUGUGUACAAUGUACAUACUGGUAUAUAGGUUUUUGUUAAUAUUAACCUGUUUUUAUUAAAGAGCAUUUUCUGUUUAAA